UGCGAUGGCGUAUGCUACUUGUCUAAGCUGGUACAACAACAACAAGAAGAAGCAACAAGCGAAGCUUGGCUGCCAGUGCAGCACCCAAACUCGGCAGGCGCUGGCAGGCGCGCAAGAGGAUCAGCAGCAGCAGCAGGAGGAGGAAGAGGAGAAGGACGUGGCGCCCAUGUAUGCGUGGCUCUCUGAGGUGCGAUGCCCAAGAAUGAGUUCUGACAGGAUAUUAGCUUUGUGGACAUUAACACUCCACGGACUGCUGGCGACGAUAAACCCUGAAUUAGGAGCUGGAAAAGAGUCUGCGUGUUCGAUUGUCAUCCAUGACCUGACUCACGGCCAUAUCUCCUCAAAGGAACUGCCGCACAGGAACGCCUUGAACUGUGUGUGGACGGUGCUUAACCCUGAUCCCGCUGUCUACUCAAUAUUUCUAAGGGCCACAACUGCCAAUGCGAAGAUUUGCAACAGCAUCAGCGUAAAAGUCAAUUCCCUGGAUUACAAUCAGCAAAAGGACAAUCAGACCGCUCACGGAGCGGACUAUGGAGACGUCAUGGAGCUGUGUGACUCUGAAUCUUACAAGCACCCGCUUUUCACUUGGUGGGAUUACAAACACUCGGUGCAGGUGAGAAUUGGCAUUUCCCAGGCCGGGCCCUCUCGACAUUGGAAGACUUUGACUCCGGCAAGUGUCAAAAAGAUGUGGUCCACGCUGGAUAGAAAUGGAGAAGCAGUGGUGGAAAUUGUCUUUCUCAACACGGUGCAGCCGAACGAGUCAAGCUGCCGCGUGAUCUGCGACUGGCUGGAAGGCUGCCUCGCCUCUGGUGGAGCCCAAUGGGAAUGUACAGUUGGACAAGUGCCUUGCAAGUGCCAACCCGUGGAGAUCCCUUCCGCAUCGGAUCGUUUGCCGUGCGAAACACCAGCGGGCCACAGAGACAUUGGAUGCAGCUACUACGAGAGUGACAGUCCUUUGCCAGACCCUUUUGCUGUCAACAUGGAAGAAGCCGGGUGGAGCGCCUGGUCCCCGUGGAGUCCCUGCUCACGCACGUGCUCCGGCGGUGUCCAGUUGCGCAUCCGCACUUGCCUCCCUUCUGCCCGGCCUGGAAGCGCCCCGUCGUUCUGCCCGGGAAAUGAUGAACAGGGCCGGGAAUGCAACAAGCACAAGUGCCACAGUGUUGCGGGCGCAGGUGUCGCGGGCGCAGGAGAGGAGUGGUCCGAGUGGAGCGUGUGCUCCUCGUCGUGCGGCGAGGGCUCCCAGGUGCGAGCCCGUGUCUGCCUCGCAUCGUCCAAGUCGGCCGCGUGCUCCGGGCCGCUCCGCGAGAUCCGCGUCUGCGACAGCUCCUCCGUGUGUCCCGUGCACGGAGUGUGGGGGGAGUGGUCCCCGUGGUCCCUCUGCUCCUACACGUGUGGCCGGGGCCUGCGCACUCGCAUGCGCCACUGCUCCGUCCCCCAGCACGGGGGGAGCUCCUGCGAGGGGCCCUACAACCAGACCAAGGUUUGCAACAUCGCCCUCUGCCCUGUAGAUGGGCAGUGGGCAGACUGGUCCAAGUGGAGCGCCUGCUCCGUGACGUGCGAGAACGGCACGCAGCAGAGGAGCCGCGAGUGCGUGGGGCCCAUCUACGGAGGCACGGAGUGCGUGGGUGCCGGGACCGAGAACAGGCGGUGCGACAACAACCUCUGCCCAGUGGACGGCCGCUGGGGCGUGUGGGCGGCUUGGGGGGAGUGCUCCGCCACCUGCGACGGUGGCCUGCGGUGGCGACAGCGCAAGUGCUGGGGCCCCUUCCACGGCGGCCGCCUGUGCCAGGGCGGCGACAAGGAGCCUGCCAACUGCACCAACCCGAGAUGUCCAGAGCCCUAUGAGAUGUGUGCCGAAGAGGUGAGCGCUUCCAUCUUGUGGAAGGAGACUGAAGCCCAGAGUGUAGCAGUGAGCCGAUGUCCACCAGAUGCCACAGUGAGCUUCGACUAUUUUGCAGGUGUGGUGAGGAGGAAAUGCUCACUGUCUGAGAAUGGAACUGCGUUGUGGGAAUAUCCAAGUUUUUCCAAGUGCAUCUCCCUGGAACUGCAGACAGUCCUCCAAUCGCUGAGAUACCACCGCAGCAAGCGUCUGUGGGCGCCCUCACUCGCGGACGGCCUGUCCCAGACGAGCCGCGAGCUGGCCGAGGCGUCGCAGGGGCAAGUCCUGUACGGCGGAGACGUCCUCGCCUCGCUCGACAUCCUGCGCAAUGUCAGCGACACCUUCCGGCGAGCGCCCUUUCAGCCGUCCAGCGACGACAUCCAGAAUGUGCUUCAGUCGUACAGUAACUUGGUCGCGGAUGUCCACAGGGAGCACUGGGAGGACACGUCAGAGAUUUAUUCUGCAAUUUCUAACUUCAUGGACAUGCUGGAAGGUUUUUUGCACAUGAUAGGAGAGGGGAUGAAAUAUUACUACGACUCGUACUUUGUAAAGGAGAAUUUGGUGGUCGGAGUGAGCAAGCUGUCGGCCGCGGACGUGGCGGGAGACGUUGUGUUCCCGGUGAAGGGCCGGCGCGGCAUGCCGGACUGGGUGCGAGCCUCAAACGACCGCGUGCUCAUCUCGCGCAGCUCGUUCGCUCGCGCGUCUGCCGCAGAAUCGCCGGUGUUUGUCGUGGGAAUUGUGAUCUACAAACAUCUGGAAACCUUCCUACCCAAACCAAGGAACAACACGAUAGUGCAGUCUCGGAUCAUUUCGGUGAGCAUGAACCCCGCUCCGGACGUUGUCAGGCUCGAACUGGACUUCAGCCAUACGGCUAACGGUACAAACUCAUACUGUGCUUUCUGGGACCCGGUAAACAUUGGAUGGAGUGGUGCUGGGUGUAAGACCAUGUUCAGCGAUGCUUUCAGAACCAAGUGCCGUUGCGAGCAUUUCUCAAGCUUCACUAUUUUGGCGCAGCCUGGCUUUAAAACGAAGAUUAAUCGCAGCAGGUCGCUGUCACUGACCCUCAUCGUCGGAUGCAGCUUUUCCUCCCUGGCACUCAUUCUGCUCAUGAUCGUUCACUUUACCUUCUGGAGGUCUGUCAAAUCCGACCGCAGCCUGCUGCUCUUCAACUUCUGCAUUUCAAUAAUAUCCUCCAAUAUAUUGAUUCUGAUUGGAGAGACGCAAACCUACAACAAGGUGACGUGCACCGUCGUGGCAGUGUUCCUGCAUUUCUUCUUCCUCGCCUCCUUCUGCUGGGUGCUCACGGAGGCCUGGCAGUCCUUCAUGGCAGUGCGCGGGGUGUCCAUGAAGAGAAUCGUACGCAAGAGAUUCCUAUGCCUGGGCUGGGGGCUGCCUGCUCUGGUGGUGGCCUCAUCUGUGGGUUUUACAAAGUCCAACGGAUAUGGAACGAUUCACUAUUGCUGGUUGUCGCUGGAGGGUGGGCUCCUCUAUUCCUUCGUGGGGCCUGCAGCAGUGGUGGUGCUGGUGAACAUGAUCUUGGGAAUUGUGGUUUUCAACAAGCUGGUGGCCAAAGACGGCAUUGCAGACAAAGCACUCAAGCACAGAGCAGGGGCGUCGCUAUGGAGCUCCUGCGUGGUGCUGCCGCUGCUCGCCCUCACGUGGAUGUGCGCUGUGCUCGCCAUCACCGACCCGCGCUCCUUCCUCUUCCCCGUCCUCUUCUGCGUCUUCAACUCGCUGCAGGGUUUGGUCAUCUUUGUCGUCAACUGCAUCCUCAAAAAGGAGGUUCAAAAUGCAUUUAAGUUUCGUAUCACGGGUCGCCUUGAUCCAAGUGAAGCUUGCGGCUACUUCCCCAAUGGGCAAGCUCAAAUUAUGACGGAGUUUGAAAAAGACAUCGACCUCACGUGUCAAUCAGUUUCUGGAACUCUGUCCCGGGCUGAAAAAAACCGAGAAAAGUCGCACCAUUCAAAGCAGGCGAGCCUGCCUGAGAGCGCGCUCACAGUGAUAUCGGGCAAGGAGACCGCUGUGUACCCAGCUGCCUCCAAGAAGAGCAGGCAGAGGCGGCACCGGGAAGGCACCGGCUCCGCUCGCAGCAUCUGGCGUCACAUCCACAGGUAUCCGACGGACAAGGACGUGUCGUCGGGGGGAGAGGUGCAGCUGUCCCAGAUGCCCACGGCAGAUCCGCAGUGCAGCAGCAGCAGCGCGACUUUCAUGCAGCAGCAUUUGCAGGCUGGCCAACAACACACGUCCACCUCGCCCAUGGAUCGAUCCACCCACCAGCAAAUGCUGACUGUCGAGGCGGAAUCCAUCGCUCGCUCGCCAGAUAGACAAAAAAGUAAAUAUUCUGAAAUCGACAUUCAGAGGAUCAUGCACACACGCCAGCGACACAGCGAGAUGUUCCAGGAGAUGAAUCAAAAAUUCCAGUCCCUGGAGAGGAAACGCAAGAAUCCUGACGACAGCAUUGACGUCGUAUAGCGCGAACCAAGUUGAACAAGUCAUCGUUUGUGAAAUGGCAAAUGGAUUCACUGUUUAAGAGGCACAAGGAUAUAAACGUUGAGUCACCAUUGAACUGCAGAAAUUUCCGCAUCCUUUUAUGUCCAUCAAAAAAAAAUAAACACUUCUUCUGUACCGACUUUUUGCUUGGGGGUAUUGUGUGAUCGCAAGAGAAUGAGCAUGGCAGCAGAGAGAAGAACAAAUGUAGCGAUGUUAACGAGGUUAUUCUACAAUUCUCCCUUUUACAACAAUGUAAAAAGUAAUGUAUUAUAUGUUGAUGACCAUUGCUUGAAUAACAAGGCUUCAUGUUGUACAUGACACACUAUAAUGUAACCUCUGAACUACAAACUGGAUUUCUUGGCGUUCAGAGACGAUAUUCAAGAGGUGAGAAGACAGUAAACCACAUUGCGCAUUAAACAUCUGCCCCAUAUAUAGAUACGAUAUGAAUAUGGAAAACACCAGCUGAAAUUAACCAAGUUGGUCCCCAGUUCGGUAUAUAUGUGAAUGCUUUAGCUGCGUUAUAUUUUGUUUUAAAAAAUAUAACUUAAGCAUUGUGUCAUUAUUUUGGCUGAAAAUAAAGACAAAAGGGCUCCGUGUAGGUCAUUGUCGGAGGUAGUUGACACGGUUGUGUUUUACCUCGUAUUUAUUCGUGCGUUUUGGUUCCCUUAUUCAUUUUAAAAUAUUAAUGUUACGUAUACAGUACUGUAUAUACCUGAUUACUAUUGCUUUGCAGCUUUACUUUAAAAAACUAAAAUUCUUACAAGAAAUUCCAUCUUCUUUGGGGGAGAAAAAUACAAAUUUAUUACAGCUGCGAUUUGCACGGGGCUCUUCCUUGUCUGUGAAUAGAGAGGAGUUUUAGUUUUUUUCUCGUUGCAUGCUCAAGGACCUGUGUUUUUGUGUUGUUGGACAAUGAUAACUCUAUGGUAUGCUGUUUGGAGACUGUACACAUCUCUACUUUGCUGUGUAAUCUGUGGUCGUAGACAUUUGCUUCAUUUUAAGCGGAAUGGUUUUUACUUUGUGCUGUAAUUGCAUUUUUGGGUUGUGUGUAGUUGGGCAAUUAGUGAAUCUCAAUCGACUUCAAAAGAAAGCUAUGCAAUUUUAAGAGUUACUUUCAAAUUAUAUUAAAUUUACUGUAUACUGCAUUGUAAUUACAUAAAUUUCCACUUAAAAUGAAGUGAGAGAUACAAAUAAAAUAAACUCAAAUUUUUC